GGCGAUCGGUCAAGUCGCGAUGCAUCUCGGGAGGUGUAGUCGAGUCGAAACUACCGACAAACCAGUGGCGGCGGCGGUCAGUAGUAUUUGAGACGCUGCAGUGGUGGCGGGGCUGCCUUUCCCCACCACAGUGACUGGUCUCUGGGAUUCUCACAGCUUGUUGCAUGUCAUUGUAUUGCUUUUUAAAUUGGUGGCUGCAGAUGACUGAAGAAAGUGAACAAGGGGUUAUUGCUUAAAUUCUACAGUCAAGAACUAUAAACUUUCUUAAGCUUCCUAAUGAAGGAUGGCUACCCCAUAUGUUCCUGUUCCAAUUCCCAUAGGAAGUUCUACUAAUUUUACCACAAAUAGAAACCAAAGAAGAUCAUCUCUUGGGAGUAUUUCAACAUGUUCAGAUUAUUCCAAAGGGCAGCUGGAGGAGUCUUCAAACAAUAGUUUUAAAAAGAUGAGCGUCCCCAGUGAGAUUGGUGCAACUUCAUCUCCUUGUAAUAGCCCACUUGUUAGGACUAAAAUUAUGGGUGUGGACGCAUCUAUGGAAUACCACACUCAGCCAUCAGAAGAUAUUGAGCAAAAUAUAGACGCUGGGAGCUGGGAAGAUCGACCUGCUACACCUACAAUAUUAGGUUAUGAAGUGAUGGAAGAGAGAGCCAAAUUCACUGUUUACAAAAUUCUUGUUAAGAGAAAUCCAGAGGAAAACUGGGUGGUUUUCAGAAGGUAUACUGAUUUCUCCAGGCUUAAUGAUAAGCUGAAAGAUAUGUUUCCUGGCUUUCGAUUGGCACUUCCACCAAAGCGCUGGUUCAAAGAUAAUUACAACCCUGACUUCCUAGAAGAUAGACAGCUGGGACUCCAAGCAUUUUUACAGAACCUGGUGGCUCACAAAGACAUUGCUAACUGCCUUGCAGUAAGGGAGUUUCUUUGUUUGGAUGAUCCACCUGGGCCAUUUGAUAGCCUUGAAGAGAGCAGGGCUUUUUGUGAGACGCUAGAGGAAACAAACUACCGACUGCAAAAGGAACUUGCUGAAAAACAAAGGGAAGUGGAAACUCUGAAAAAACUAUUGAGUGAAAAAGAAGCAUAUAUAGACACAGUGAAGAAAGGAACUGGGGAUUUAAAUCUGGAGGAAACAAAAUCUCUGAGGCUGUCGGGAGAAGAGAGUGAAUGCAGUGGAGAAGUAGAAUCAUCUGCAGUAGAGGCAGAUCAGGGUGUUCUGGAAGAAGGGAACAGUUCUGAAAAAGAUAAUCGGGAAGCAUCUUGGAGUGGUUCAUUGGCUGAAAACUGUGUGCCAGAAAUUGAAGUUGCUGAGGUAGCAUAUACUGCUGAUGAAGAGAUCUGAACACCACCAGCUGCCUUUACAGUAGUGUGUCUGGCACACAUUGAACAAAAGCAUGCAGUAGCUGUAGAAUGGAAGGCAAGAGGCACAAGUUUGAAAGUUUACAUAAGCCAGUCUGGGGGGGAAAUUGCCAUAGGAAGUAUAAUCGGCUGUUAUCUAGUCUCUAGAUAUAUAAAUAUAUAUAAAAAACUCUGGUUAAGGUCAGAUCAAGUUAUGCCUAGAAUCUGAUGCAAUGUUCAUAAUUCAUAAUUUACCAAUAUGUAAAGAUUAAAUGUACACAUGUAGAUACCAGUCAUGGUGGUUUAUCAUGUGGCAUGUCACUAUGUUUGCUACUAAUACAUGACACACUUUGUAUGGGCAGCUUUUUGGUAUCUGGUUUUUCAGAUUCUUUAUACAGGCAUUUAUUGUUAUGCUUUGGGAAGUAUAACUGUGCCAUCUAGGCUUAGUAUAUGAUAAGUAUACUGCACAUGGUCUGGUUUUUUUGUCAUAAAUGUAAAUAAGUUAUAUGUAAAUUUUUAUGCAAUAAAAUAGGAAAGUUAGAGUACCAAAAUAAUAAUUUGGAAAUGGAAGUAUGAUUGGAAGGUUUAUGUGAUGGGAGUAAGAAUCUCUUACGCUGUAGAACCUAGACACACUGUGGAUGCUCACCUUCAUUUGAAAUAAUGGAAAUGCUGAUGAAUGGCUAACUCUUCUAUAAAUCCCAGGACACCUUUGCCACACAAACCUAAUCACUAAAUCAGCAACUCUGCCUUAUAUAAAGUACACUACCUCUUACUUUGUUGCUAAUGCAGAAGUGCAUUAUUUAAGAUAUUUAUGUUAUAUACAGAUAGUUUGAGUUGUUGAAGCCAUACUUUGCCUGCAUAGUUAAUUAACUAGGUGAAAUCUAAUUGCAGUUCUUGUUUGUAUAGAAUAUUGUACACAUGGGGACAUGCUACAAUGUGUUCCAUAGCUUAUUUUUCAGAUCGUAUUAAGCCCAAUGAUGCACUUUAUAAUAAAAUGACUUAUUGUGCCAAGUUCAUUGGCUUCUUUUAGAGUUGGACCUUUGGGAAGAGGGGGGAUGGGGGAUGGGCUGCACAAUAGUGCCUUUUUGUGUUUUGCUUGUUACAGAUGUUUGCUACAGUAGUCUGGGUCAGCUUUAUGAAAUCUUCAAAAUAAUUCUGCUCAGCAGCUGUUUGCCCAAAGUGCCUUGUUUUGUCUGCUCUUCCAGUGGGAAGAAUGCUGCUUUGUUCUUCUCUGUGCCACCUACUUCUUUGUUUAAUGCUAUUCAUGUGCUGUCUCCAUGUGCUAGACUUUUCAAUGCUCACUUUGUAUAUUGGGUUAUAGGGACAAAAAUCUCUAUAGAACUAUAAAAUAAAAUUGUCUGGGGGAAAUAAACCAUUGGACUUGACAA